AUGGCGGAUGUAGGAGGCGACGAAUCUCGGACCACUCUCCCCUCGGCAUCCCGUAACGGUCCUGUGGUCGGUUCGUCGUCUGCGGGCACGGCGGGCCAGAACGCCGCCGCGGUGGUAACGUCAGGUCCGCGGAUGGUGAGGAUCGUCAAGUCGGAGUCCGGCUACGGUUUCAACGUUCGCGGUCAAGUCAGCGAAGGGGGACAGCUUCGGAGCAUCAACGGGGAACUCUACGCGCCUCUUCAGCAUGUCAGCGCUGUUUUACCCGGGGGUGCUGCUGACCGAGCCGGGAUAGCGAAGGGGGACAGGAUCCUGGAGGUGUAAGUUAAGCCACGGAGCUAGCAAGUGAGGCUAGCUACCCGGUGUAGCCCGUUUUGAAGCCAUUUAAUAAAGCAUGUGUUAACAUUAGCCACCCUCAAGGUAACACUACGUCACCUGUCCGUCCUCACAACAAAAGUGUCCCCUGACCUUUCUAACUAGUUGUUUGUCCACUUGAGGAGUUAUCUGACCAAACAAACCAUCCGCCAAGUUUGCUGCAUGAAGCUAACGCUCAUGAGUUAACCAGGAGGCUAACCAGCUUACAUAAGUUGGACUACAGGCUGUGCAUGUUGAUUAGCUUUAGCUUGCUAGCCAGUCAGGUAGCUGCUGUCGUCUUGGGUAGCUUUAGCCCCUUUGCGCAGUGACUGUCCUGGCAUGGUUCUUGGGGGACAAAACCAAAUGGACAGCGAUGUUGACAUUGCAUUAGGGUUUGUAUGAUAGUAGGUGUGUGUUUUGACCCUGUCCAAAGACGGUGGAUGGCGGUGUUGUCACCCUAAAUUCAGCAUCAUAUGUGCGUCUUCUUUGGAGAGUCUCACAAGCUGAUUUACAUGACACCGUUCAGAUGCUGCUUUUUGUCCAUAUUUUAUAUAUUUUUUCAUAUUUUUCUAUAAACAGACAUACAACUUCCAAACAUAAACCCCUUCCCCAAGGCCCUUGAACAAAAUAUAAAUUAAACAGAAAAAUACCAAAACAAGAAUAGUGACCUCUUCUUAUAAGUUCAGAAAAUUAAUGUUUUGAGCAUGUUUUAAAAUGAUUGCAACUAUCCAAUACAACUUAAGAUGUAUCACUGAACUCAACUUAAUUUUAUUUGUAAAGCACUUUAAAACAACCACAGCUAAACAAAGUGCUGUACAUAAAUAGACAAAACAACGCAGACGUGAAAAAAAGCAAUUAAAACAAUGGAUAAAAUAAAAGCAGAUAUUAAAAGGUAAAAUGUAGUUUCAAUGUUUUUGAUCUAAAAACAAUAGAAACAAAUAACUAAAAACAAACCAUUAAACACUAAAACAGGAGCCAAGUCUCAUGCAGUCAAAAAUGGUUUUUAAGACGAGUUUUAAAAAAACUGAAAGGGAAAUUCUAUAAAGGGACUCCACGUGAGGGGGAAGUUUCUGUCAGAUACAUAUUUGGUAUCUCAGUUUCUCUAAAGGUAGAAAUGAUAGAACAUCCCUCAACCAUUGUAGAAAUGAAGGAGCUGAGUUGGCUCUCCGGUUAAAAAGUAUGAGUCUGCGUACAAGCAGGGAAGCAAAUGCCAGAGCAUUUGCCUGCAAACUUGAGACUUUGCAGCCUGGAGGAAUGGCUGUGUAAUAGUCAGGUGUUAUAGUCGUUAUUUGCUAUUUUUGUACUUGAGUGGCUUUCAACAUGUGUUUUAACUUGCUCGAACUGUCUUCUUAUUCCACUUAAAGACAGUGAAACUUUCCAUAAAUUACAUAUUAAUGAAGUCUGAGCAUGGAUGUCCUUACAAAGUCUAUUCAGCCUCUUUUGCUGGUGGAUCUGUCAUGUUGUCAUUGAAUUAUUGGUGAAUGAUAACAGUCAUAGAGUUGCCAGCCUUGGUAGAAAGGAUUUGUAUGUUCUGGAAAGGAUAAAUCUGAUAAAAUCUCACUGUAAAUUACAUUAGAAGCAUAUUUACGUAAUGUUUUUUUUUAUUGAAGGUUAAACUUAGAAUAAGGGAGAAGAGAAAGUACAGAAAAGGGAACAAAAGCUUGCUGAGGCAUCAAAAGGGAUUGAAGCAAACCUGUGUUUACCCUGCUGUUGCAUUUCUCUGACUUCGGUCAUAUGACAGGGCCAGUGCUCAACAUGUGACUUAUUAACCAGCUUUGCUUUAUUGCAACAACUAGAAAACCUGUAGUAGAGUGUGUCUUCCAUACGUCAGCGUUUUACUUCUAAGUUUUAUGAUCUAGGAAAGGGAGAAAAUGCUGCUUCAGUGAUUGUAUCAAGCCAGUGUGUGUCAUGGUGUUUAUUGAACGACUCUGCUGCCACACCACCUGAAUAUUGUUUAGUACAUCAGAUUUCUCAAGGUCUGCUUUGGAAAGAAACUAAAUGAAAAAAUAAGCCCUCUGUGCCAGGAGUUUGUGUAAAAGGCUUUUUACUGUAAAAUCUAACAAUCUCUCAAGCGGUAAAUGUCUGUUCAAACCAAUAAUUUCAGCUAACAUAAUAUUUUAAUAACAGUCUUCCCUUGUUACUUUAAGUUGGGAUGCUUUGUAGGAGGGCACACUAACUCUUUUGGGAUUUGCAGACUCAACUUUGAUCUAAGUUUUUAAUUUAUAAGAUCAUAAAUGAACAUAAAAGACAGCUAGGCUUUGCUGUGUUUCUGUUUAGUCUAAUAAUACUGUGAUGGGAUCAGAGUAGCUUCAGCUUUGAUCACAUUUUUUGUAUCCCAUUGUUGACUCAGUAGUUUCUCACAGGUGGCAUUCAUUACAUUUUUAUCCACUGUAAUAUAAAGAUAUUCUGUAGAUCACAUAUAGAGAUGCGGCAUGUAAGGGAACAGACCUAUGCCUGGACUCCUGCUUGCUCCCUCCUGUCCUGUGUCUAUCCUGCUGUUUCACAUAGGCAGAUUAGCAGAGACACCUGAUGCCUGUGCCAUCUGGCCUCAGCAAAGCCAAGAGGAGAGGUGUGUCACGCCAGCAUAGAAAAGGGAGACAUCAAAGCUGGCAUGGAUGUACUAAACACCCCGAAACUGUGCUGCUCAUUUUGACUCUCUGCUGUGACAUUACGCGUACACAACUGACAACCUUUACAUGAAAAAGAUAAUUCAGUGGUUUUUAGGUGCGCCAGCAUUACAUUGACUCCCAGUAACAAAAUAUUUGGAUCAGUGCUUCCCUGAUUUGUAAUUAUUACAGGAGAUGAAUUUCAAGUGUUUUUGAAAGCUGCAUCACUUCAGUGUGCUGAACUGAUUUCACACCUUACCAGCAUGACAUCCUACUUGGGUUAUUGCUAAAGUAGAACUGUUUCCUUUGUUUUUAGGUGUUAAAUCACCCACCGUUUAAAAAUCCAAUUUAAUCAUCUGUAAAACAGUUUGGAUGAAAGUAUUGUCUUAAUUUCUUUUUACAGAUUUAUUUAUUUUGUUUCUCCUAACACCUUUCCUUUCCCUCUCUUUCCCACCAGUAAUGGAGUGAGUGUAGAAGGUGCCACUCAUAAGCAGGUGGUGGACCUGAUCCGAGCCGGGGAGAAGGAGCUGGUUCUGGCUGUGCUGUCUGUGCCGGCUCAGGAGGCUGAGGGCCUGGAAGGAGGAGAGGACAUCCAGCCGAACUACGACUACAGCGACAAGCAGGCAGUGCCCAUUUCCAUCCCGACAUACAAACAUGUAGAGCAGCACUCCGAGAGGUUUGUGGUGAGUAUCCUUCUCUUGCUAUUUGCACUUAUCUAAGUAUUAUCUCCUUUUAAGUAGAUAGGCUGAGGCAAGAUAGCAAAUCUGGAUGUACUGUAAGUAUAUGUAACCGACUUUCAUGCACUAAUCCGUUUGUCCCGUCUCUGUGUCGAUUGCCAUAGGUGUACAAUGUGUACAUGUCAGGCAGACAGCUUUGCUCAAAGCGCUACAGAGAGUUCGCCAUCCUCCACCAGAACCUAAAGAGAGAGUUUUCCAAUUUUAACUUCCCCAAACUCCCCGGUAAAUGGCCCUUCUCCCUGUCCGAACAGCAGCUAGACGCUCGCCGCAGAGGGCUGGAGGAAUAUCUGGAGAGAGGUACGCCGAUUUGGAGAAGUUUGGAGCGUUUUGACGUUGACAAAGAGAGCAGACUUUGGGAUAAUCAGCUCAUUCAUUCAAGCCCCAUAUUCAAAAGCUGACGAUCAAAUAUGAGAAGCUCUUCUGUAAAAGCCAUAAAAACCAAAUAAGGAGUAAUAAAGAUAUCAUGCUGUUAAAAUAGAUGAUAGACUAAACGAGAGAUGUUGUUUUUAAUGUAUGACUUUGAACACAGGGUACAGGAAACGUGACAUUUGACUGUGCUCUUGUUUAUUUGAUUUACUUGAGCUACCACACCCCCCUCUCUCUCUCUCUAUCUAAGCAUCUUUCUUUGUUCUGCAUUGUCUCUAGUUUGCUCUGUGCGGGUGAUUGGGGAGAGUGACAUCAUGCAGGAGUUUCUCUCUGAAUCAGAUGAGGUAUGCAGCUCCUUUAUACUACUUGUACUACUUGGUUUUAAGUGUGCAGAGAUUCCCUGUGUCAGUUUGAGUAUCUCUGAGUCCAUCUUUUGCUUGUCAGACAGGUACAGUACAUCAAUCUCAAACUCUACUCUGUACUGUCUUAAAAUGUUUGAUUGAGUCGUAGCUUUCUUAGUCAAUUGUUAAAGUGCUGCACGGACUUGAUUUUGAGCAUAUUUCAGGCCGAGUUUGGGUAAUUAAAAUCUCAUGAUGAAAUAAUGAAUAAAUCUGUUGAACUGCCUUCGGUGUAAACAAAGGAGGCAGUUUGUCACAAACAAGCACCAGCAGUUAAGGCAGUAAAAUGUGAUAACUUGACAGAAUCUCGCAGCACAAAAGGUCUGCCAGGACUCACUGGAGCCAAAACAAUCCAACAAUAAUUGCAUUGCCUUUGUAGCACUUUUGAGCAAUGACACAUAAUGUGGAAUUAAUGCGGCACUUGAGGAGGAUUAGGAUUUCUAACGGAGCGGAGUUGUGGUUUAGUUACAUCUUGUUUAUCGGCCUGUGUGUGUGUGUAUGUUGGUUUUAAUCCAGGAGUACUUUCUAGUGAUUCAAAGCAAACUCUUUGGCACAAGUGCAAACACGGGUUAAUGUGGCUUUGCAGCUUUUGUCAUUCUGUGUCGGUUUCUUGUGCAGAACUACAAUGGGGUGACGGAUGUAGAGCUGCGGAUAGCCCUGCCAGACAAGACCACCAUCUCUGUCAGAGUCCGCAAGAACAGCACCACAGACCAGGUUUACCAGGUAGGAACACUAGCUGGGAUGAUUCUGUCAGACAGAUAUAACGUACACUUUGUUGGCCUGUUGUGUUAGUGUUUUGUAUUAUGUAUUUUUGUGUUAAACAUUGUGAUUCAAACGUAAACACAUAUUUUUUCUGUUAAUCUACUUUCUCUCACUCCUCCUGCAGGCGUUAGUGUUGAAGGUUGGAAUGGACAGUAUUAUGGCGAGCUACUUUGCCCUGUUUGAAGUCAUCAACCACACCUUCAGUAAGAUCUGCUUCUCAUGUUUUUGAGUGUUUCGCUUCAAAAUUCCCACAACGUUUCCACAUCAACUCUCUGUUUAAUCUGAAAACCCUCAUGGGGGUUACAUCAUUGCGCGACCUCCUAUUUUCUAAAUAAAGACCCGUGUCACACCACUAGUGAGUUAACUUCAUCGGGCCUGGGGGUGUGUGAGUGUGUGUGCGGUUUUGAACAGCUAGGCCAGGUAAUUUGGUGCAGCCUGGAAUUUCUUUUAAUGACUCAACAGACACUUGCCCUCCUUUUUGUCCCUCCUCUCAUCCCUCGCUUUCUUUUCUGUGAUUACUUUCAGUGCGAAAGCUGGCGCCUAAUGAGUUUCCCCACAAGCUUUAUGUGCAGAAUUACACGUCGGCAGUGCCGGGGACUUGCUUGGCGCUCCGCAAAUGGCUCUUCAGCUUCCAGGAGGAGGAGUUGCUAAGAGACAACCCACUGGCACUGCACUAUUGCUUUCACCAGGUAAUAACGAUAAGUGAACCCCCCUUGCUGUGGACUUAAGAAAACUCUGCACAAAAUCCCAUCAUGUUUUUCCCUCCAGGGUUUAUAUUAUCCCUUCUGUAAUGAAAGAGUUUAAACUUAUUGGUGGUAGUCGUGGACUUUUGGACAUGGAUAAUUUAUAAUCCUUUUUUUCAUAAUCAAGUCGAGGAAAUCAGAAUCAGAACGAAGUUAAUACAUACAGACAGAAAUGCUCUGGGGAAAAUCAAAAUGAAAAGACAGAAACAGAGAGCUCUGCUGUCUACAAACUGGAAACUUGCAAACACUUCAUCCAAGUUCCUAUCAAUCUCAUGUAGUCCACUGCCCAGAAAACCAAAAGUGACCAUCUUUCUCCACAUGUAUCAUAUGAAACACCACAAAUCAUUUACAGGUUAAUCAAAUCAAGUCAGGAGUACGGAGAGUUGUAAAAUUUCAAAGUCUGAACUGACCUUUACUCCAGUUCAAGCCAAUCUAAAUCAAAAUAUCAAGCUACAAUGAAUCAGGAAGUCCUACGAAUGCCGCUCUGGAUGAAAACAAAUAGUCUUGUAUGUUGAAAUGUCACAGCUCACAGGUUCAGGUAACUUUGAACCGUCAUUUACUAUAGGACAGGCUCACUGUCACAUAUAGUUCUAAGUACGAACUGGAAAAACAAAAUUCUAAUGCAAAUGCACUUAAAUUCCCCCAGCAGCAGUGUACAUAGCUGUUCGAUUAUCAUUCUUUAAAAUAGGUUUCAUCAUCACAACAACUUGUUUUACACAAAAUUUCAUCAAAUAAAUAAUUACAGUUGAAGCAUUGGUUAAAGAGUAAAGUGUACUAAGAAGAAACUUCUCUUUUGGUUGUUUAUGGACACUCAGAGCAAAAUAUCCCAUUGUAUUUUCACUGGAUAACCCUUUUUGUGCAGUGAACUCAUGAUAAAUGGUGUUGUAUCUCUUCUUAUCCACCCAACCCCCCCUGUCUGUCCAGGCAUUGGAAGAUGUGAAGAAGGGAUUCAUAAAAACAGAGGACAAAUCCUACCAGCUGCAGAAGCUGGCAGAGCAGCGCAAGAUGGCCACGGUCAGUCCAACAGACCAGUCUUUGUUCAGGGAGGGGGUUUGGGUGACUACUCUUUUUGCCUGCUGACCAGAGCCGUCACCAAAAUGUUACCAAAUAGAAAAAUCAGAGACCUGCUAACAAUACAGAGAUCGGCCCUGAACUGCAGAGGCAUGCUUUCUUUGUGUCGCUGCUAUCAACCUGGUGUUAUCUUUUCAAGGUUUUAAACCGAAGGAGAAACUCUGAUUUUUCCAAAUGUUGACAGCAUUAUAGUUCAGAAAAUGAGAGUUGAAGGUGUAGCGUUUGAUAGACCAGAGACUGAAGGAAGAAGUACGAGGGUGAUAAUUUGCUUAUUCUCAAAUUGUUUAACUUUGAAGUCUCUUGAAGUCCAAAUCUGCUGUGGUCAAAUUGUUGUGACUGUGUAACAAAAACCCUAAAAUAACUGUGCCAUUAAGUCUCAUAGAUCACAUUCAAUUUUUUAUUCUAAAGACUUUAUUUAUUUUCUUUCCAGCAGUAUCAGUUUUCACAGCCCAAAACUGUCCAUCAAAGUGGCAAUUUUUCUCCCACCUGAAAUCCUCAGGUCCUCAGCGGCGAGCGUUUGGAUUCGCCACAUUUUAUCAGCCGAGAAGCUUAUAUUUGGGCACCAGAUAUGUAAAUACAGCAGAAGGUAUUAUUUUGGCAUAAGAAAGAACAUUUGCGCUGGAGGACGGAUAGAGGACACUGCCAGUCUUGUAUGGGAGAGGAAACGCGUCGGCAGUUCGCACUGUUCAUUUCUCUUCUGCUAUUUAAACACCUCCGCUCUAGUGGCGUCGGACAGCUGGGUAAAACGUGACAGUGGUGAAAAGUUCAGCAAUUUCUCAACUCAGGAGAACCAGAAAAAUGCACUCGGCACAGAAUAGAGACUGAGUCGUUUGUCAUGCCUUUGUGUUGGAUAAAAUGUGCAGAAUUCAGAAAAAAUGCUAACUCCAGGCUUUUGUUAGUACACCUCGAACAAUACUGUAUGACUGCUGGUGAGAAGUCGGAGUAGGGGUUGCAUACCAAACUUGGCUGAUACUGAUGUGUGCAUUCGUCUUGCUUGUAUAUCAGUACCUGAGUCUGUUGCGGACAUGUGAGGGCUACAAUGAGGUCUCGUUCCCCCACUGCUCCUGUGACUCCAGGAGGAAGGGACACGUUAUCACAGCUAUCAGCAUCCAUCACUUCAAACUGCACGCGUGUACCGAGGACGGCACCCUGGAGGUGAGCGUUGGUCUGCUCUGGUUUGACAAGAUGAAGACACAGAUUACCACUUUGUGAGGUAUUAUGUUUGUUUUUUUUACCUUUCUCAGAAUCAGGUGAUUGCGUUUGAGUGGGGGGAGAUGCAGCGCUGGGACACGGAUGAGGAGGGGAUGGCCUUCUGUUUCGAGUACGCCAGAGGAGAGAAGAAACCUCGCUGGGUCAAGAUCUUCACUCCAUAUGUAAGAAAACCCACACGGGGACACAUUUCUCUUUAAAUGUUAUCAAAGCAGUGCAGAGGAGAUAUGGACAAACUAUGAAAAUGUUAACUCUCACGGUGACUCUGCACCGCCUGUGUGAAUUCAGACAUUAAAGGGCUGAAAAACAUUCCUCUUUGCUGUUUCCCCUCCCAGUUUAACUACAUGCACGAGUGCUUUGAGCGGGUCUUUUGUGAGCUGAAGUGGAGGAAACAGGUAAGGACCACUCCUUUCCUCUCUCUCGUUCUGGGAAGCACAUGACGCAACACCAAGUUCGAAACACAAUACAGUUAGCCUCCUACAUGUUCUGUUUCGCAGCCUGUUGCGUAACGUUUUUAAUUUUAUCUCCUCUGUUUUCUUAUUGAUGUGUUUUUGUCAGGUUGAAGAAGAGGCAUCUGACAAAGACAACAAAAACUGCAGCAACAACGGUAAACAGCGAGCGUUUUGUUGAUUUCUCUGUUCGGGGUAGAAGCGAUAAAACUGCUUGUAACACCGUUGAUCGAACAAGCACCAAAGAGUGAAAGACUGGAUUUUAUCUGGGGCGAAUCAUGAAGAAAUAUGUAUUCAGAUGAGGUUCUGUGUGCUGCUGUGAAUGACAGCACCUAUCAAGCAGCAUGAAUUAUGGAAAUUUCUAUCUGAGAGAAACUAAAAGGGCAAGGACAGGGAGAGGAUUUCAAGUAUGCUAAUUUAUUUUGUAACUGUGAGUUAAAGGCUCAAAUAUAUCUCUGCGUUUUACUCAAUUAUAAGACCCGUUCACUGUCAUUAAAUCACUUCCUGCACUGAAACUGAUGCACAUAGAUACGCUUGCAUAUGCAUUUUAUAGACAGUUAUCCCGAGCUUCUGAGCGUACCCAGUAAAAUGUAAUCACUCCUCCGGUGCUAUCACAGUACUGUGAGCUGAUAUACGGUAUAUUGAUGCAUUUGUCAAGCUCAGAGAAAGGUGUGCAGGGUAGAUGCACGGGGAGACAUGUGACUCACUAUCAGAGCCAUCUCUAAGGAGGAUGUGGAAACUGUCUGCCCCAUGUGAGGCAACACGAGACCAGCCGUACAAGUAUGUGGACCGACAACUACUUGCAUGAGGGCGAGCGAGUAACUUUCUCACAACAAAGGAGAAGCCGAGGAAAAUAUGGCGUUGUAGAUUGAGAGCUGCCAGUGGAAAAGCAGCUCAAGGAUGUUUUAAAGUGCCCGAUUUAUUGAGACAUAGAAUAAUCCAUAUCUUGUUGUUGCAGUAAUUUUAAUAGACGCGUGAUAUGCGAGGUAAGAUAGCCCGUCAUCCAGACUUGUCCCCUGAACCCCUCUCUCUGUUCCAGAGUAUCUGCCUCCUCUGGAGACACAGCAGAAGGGAUGGCGUCACCUAGGGGGGGAGAUCGCAACUUCCUAA